AUGGCGGUGUUCUCCUUUUCUUCUUCCUUUUAUGAGCAUGACGAUCAUUUGGUUCACGUGUGGCCUCGCCACCCAACGGUGGCAGUGAUCAUCUACUAUGUUUACCUCCUGUUGCCGAUCUGCUUGUUUGGGCAUCAACUUACCCCCAACGGCGGCAAUCUUGUAAUUUGUUUCAGACGACUCAGCUCAAAUAUUGACGAGUGCAAAGAUCCAAAGUAUAAUCCUUGCAAGGGAAUAACAAAAUGUGUGAAUGCUUCGGGAUCACAUAAAUGUGUAGCUGAUGCAAAAUGGAUAGUAUUAUUGUGCGUAGGUGGGGCUAUUGGAGUAUUGCUAAUAGGCUUUGGUGCUUGGAAGUUGUACAAGCUUAUAAAGAAAAGGAGGAGCAUUGAACUCAAAAAACAGUUUUUUAAACGGAAUGGUGGCUUGCUGUUACAACAACAAAUAACUUCAAGCAAUGGCAGUGUUCAGAAAACAAAAAUAUUUACAUCAAAAGAGUUGGAAAAGGCCACUGAUCGUUUCAAUCAAAACAGAAUACUUGGUCAAGGUGGUCAAGGCACAGUGUACAAGGGAAUGCUAGAUGAUGGAAGAAUUGUUGCUGUCAAAAUGUCCAAAUUAGUUGAUGAGGAAAACCUACAAGAAUUUAUCAAUGAAGUUGUGAUUCUUUCUCAAAUCAAUCACAGGAAUGUUGUUAGGCUGUUGGGAUGUUGCUUGGAAACUGAAGUUCCUCUGCUAGUCUAUGAAUUCAUACCCAAUGGAUCUCUUUUCGAAUACCUCCAUGACCCAAAUGUUGAGACUUCAUUGCCAUGGGAAAUGAGAGUACGGAUUGCUGGUGAAAUUGCAGGGGCUCUUGCAUAUUUGCACUCAGCAGCUUCUAUUCCAGUUUACCAUCGUGACAUCAAGUCCACUAAUAUACUAUUGGAUGAGAAACACAGGGCAAAAGUUUCAGAUUUUGGAACUUCAAGGUCAAUCGCCAUUGAUCAAACUCAUUUGACAACUCAUGUGCACGGCACUUUUGGUUAUUUAGAUCCAGAGUAUUUUCAGUCUAGCCAAUUUACAGAUAAGAGUGAUGUUUACAGCUUUGGAGUGGUUCUGGUAGAGCUUUUAAGCGGCAAAAAGCCGAUUUGCUCAAGUAGCUCGCAAGAAACCAUGAGUUUGGCUACAUAUUUUAUUUAUUUGAUGGAAGAGAAUAGACUUUUUGACAUUGUUGAUAUUCGUAUUACGGAGGAUUGCCAUAAAGAAGAAAUUGCUGCAGUAGCUAAUCUAGCACUAAGAUGCUUAAAUUUGAAUGGAAAGAAACGACCUGCAAUGGUGGAAGUUGCGAUAGAAUUGAAAAGGAUUCGAGCAUCACCAAAUACUGAGUUGAAUGUUCAGCGAAUCACUGAAGAUGCUGAAGAGGUUGCUGAAGUAAUAAUGUUGGUCAUGGAUGAUGUUCCUACUUCAGUUACUAAUGGUGAUCUUAAUAGUGUUGAAGAACCAUUGGUUGCUGGCACAACUUGA